AGGACAGUAGUGAGCAGUUUAGGAUGCAGCCUUUUUUUGGACGUUGAAUACGGAAGUGAAGUCCUGUUUCAGUGUUUUUCCUGCUUUGUUCCUGUCAGGUGAAGCGUCUUCAUCAACAGGUGACAAACAUGACGGAGCCCACAAAGCACGACAUUUCUACCAUCUUUAAGCGUCUACGCGCCAUUCCAACGAAUAAGGCCUGUUUCGACUGCUUUGCGAAGAACCCAAGCUGGGCUAGCAUCACCUAUGGUGUGUUUCUGUGUAUUGACUGCUCAGGGACGCACCGUUCUCUAGGUGUGCAUCUGACCUUUAUCAGGUCUACUGAACUGGAUUCCAACUGGUCCUGGUUUCAGUUACGUUGCAUGCAAGUUGGGGGGAAUGCCAGCGCUUCUGCCUUUUUUAACCAGCAUGGUUGCACUGCCAGUGAAGCCAAUGCCAAAUAUAACAGCCGUGCAGCUAAGCUUUAUAGAGAGAAGAUCAAGACGUUGGCUACCCACGCCACCAGACAGCAUGGCACUGAGCUCUGGCUGGACAGUCAGGCUCCUCUCUCCCCUACAUCGCCUGAGGACAAGCAGGUAGACUUCUUCAGCCAGCACACACAGAAUGAAGGAAGCUUCUUUCAGGAAAAUCUUAAUCAUCCACAGGAAACAAUCUGGCAAGAUAAUAAUGACAAUCAAGAAGGCCCUUCCGUUGAGCUUCUCAGUGUUUCUCCAAAAGCUGCCCUAGAGCCUUCUCUUAUCAAAAAGAAGCCUGCAGCAGCCAAAAAAGCGCUUGGUGUUAAAAAAGGAGGUCUUGGGGCUCAGAAAGUGAGCAGCCAGAGUUUCUCAGUGCAGGAGAAGAGAGCUCAGGCUGUGGACAAACUACGUGAAGAGUCAGUCACUGAGAAGAGUGCCAAGCCUGAAGAGCCAGUUGUGACGUCUCUGAGGCUGGCCUAUCAGGAUCUGGAGCUCCAGAGAAAGAAAGACGAGGAGAAGCUGCGAGGGCUCAAGGGCCAGAAGAAGGAGCAGGCAGAGAGGCUGGGGAUGGGUUUCUCCAACAGGAGUGGAGUGUCGCACUCUGUCCUGGCGGACAUGCAGACGAUUCAGCAGGAGACUCCCACUUUGACCCAGUCCUCCUCUCAUUCCAAGAAGUACAGUGACGAUGAUGAUGAGGAAGAGGGAUAUUUUUUCGUUAGAACCUCCUCCAAGUUUACUAAUGAUGCGCCCCAGUCAUCUGACCAGUUCUUCUCCCACUGGGAGGACAUCAAGAAGAAAGAAAGCAAGAAACCAGAGCCCGAUAUUUAUUUGAGCUCCAAGACCUCAUCAUUUGAAGACAGGACUGCAUCAAGGAGAAAAGCGGAGCCUGGGAUGUUUCCCGUUUCUGAUGACGCCCAGAAGAAAUUUGCUGGUGCAAAAGCCAUCUCCUCUGACAUGUAUUUUGGUAAACAAGACGACGCUGAGUAUGAAGCGAGGACUCGACUGGAGCGUUUCUCCGACAGCUCAGCCAUUAGUUCAGCAGAUCUGUUUGACGAGCAGAAGAAACAGACAAGCAGUUCAUACAGCCUGAGCAACGUGCUGCCCAGUGCUCCAGAUAUGGCCCAGCUGAAGAUGGGAGUCCGCUCUGUGGCUGGCAAGCUGUCUGUCAUGGCCAGUGGAGUGGUUUCAACUAUACAGGAUCGCUACAGCACAUGAGCACAUUGAGUAUACGGAACGAAUCAGAAGGACACCUUAAGACAGCCUCUCAGCAUAAAGGAGAGAAACAGUUUGCCUGUGUGUGUGUAGGUCCCACAUGCAUUACAGUCAGGUAUACAGUAAUGCAUAUAUGUAGCUUCAUUGAGUAGACGUAUAGGUGGUCAAUUACACAUAGUUAAACCCCCGGUUCUGUUGGAAACUGAAGUGAAGGGCAACUCAAAGAGCUUCUUAUUUGUUCAGUAAAAUUGGGACAAAAUUGACAUUGGCUUUGUGGGCACCUUUUUUUGUUAAAAGAUAAAAAGUCCCCCCAAUUUUUUUUUUGCUGCUUUUUGUAAAUAUCUGUGCAUUGUUUACGUUUUACUUUUGAAAUUGUUAGUUGGAUUAUGCCAGAUUUAUGUCAUUUUUACGCUGAUCAGAAUGGAUCUUUAUGGGAUUAAACAGCUUUAUUUUUGUAAAUGUUCUUAUAUCUGGUGAAUCAUAGGGAGAAACACAGUACUAAAUAUGAUGGGAUGUACUACAUGAACCUUCAGGUAGUUGGCAUUAUGGGCUUUAUGCCAUUUAAUUACACACACGUUGCGUUAAUGUGUAGCUUGUGAUCCAAUAUUUGAUGUGUGUUUAUGGGUGUAAAACAGAGGAGUCCAGCUGUGGUCCUGCAUGUCUGUUGUCACCAGUUUGGUGAUUUGCUUGCUCUAAACUUGGUCCUAAUCCUGAACUAUAGACCUGAAUCCAUGAAGUUCAAACCUGCAGGAACAUAGUUGGGAUCUGUGUGUAUGGGUUAAUUUUGAUUUUAGGUGACACAAAUUGACGCAUUAGAGCCUUUUUACACCUGCUCAUUUCUUGCAUUUAGUAUAUGGAUUAUAACCACAUGCAUUUACACAUUGCCAGAUUUACUGUUAUCCAGUUUGCAAUGCAAUGAAAUGCCCCAUCACAUACAAUAUGCAGAUCAGGUCAUUUGCACUUGACCACCAAAUUCAUGCGUUAUUCAUUAUUUUUUGUUAUUUCAUGCAAAAUAUAUCUGCUUGAAAAUCGUAAUUUUGCAUGUUUUUGGGGGGGUUUUUUUUCUUUACCAGCCCCACAUUUGGCAGUCAUUGACCACUUGUGUUACGAUGUAUUAGAAAUUUAAUGUAUUAGAAAGGGCCUGUCAAAUAUUAUUUGGAGAGGCAGGUGCGGUUAUAUUUCAUAAUAUCUAGCUUAAAUGCAUCUCAGACUUUUAAAAGUGGUUCGAGUGAUCAGAUUUGAAUCUGAUUUAAAUGCAUCUUGGGCACAUUAACACCUUCAUUUGCAUAUAGAUAAUAGCAAUUGGGAAUAUACUUCAGAUGUGUGAAAUGGCUGUGUAAAUGGGCUCUUAGAUUGUCAACUGCCAUUUUUUAAAGUUGGAGAAUGUUUCUGUUGAUGUUUGCUUUCAUAUCUUUUGUUUAUACUGAUAGAUUUAGCCAAUAGUUUGCAUGGGCUUUUGUUUUUUGUCUUUUUUUGUUUGGUUGUUUUUUGUUUUGUUUUUUGCUUGAUUUGUAAGCUACUUUGUGCACUACAAAUGAUCAAGAAUGGAGAAAGGUUAAGUUGUGUACACUUUAUGCUCAAGAAAUAUUAAAUACAUCGAAUGCUGCAUAGAAAACACAAUUUCUUCUAAGAAGAAAGACUAAAACAUGAGUGGAAGGUAUAAUUUAGAAGCAGUUUGUAGCUUUAUGCUUUAGCCAAAGUAAGCUGGCAAACAGAAUUUGCACUACAUGGGGAGAACAUUUGUCUAUAGAGUGCAAAGACGAUUCAUCCCAUUGCAAUUAUAAUAAUGGAAAAUUUAAAUUGUGCUUUGAUCAAUAAAAAAAACUUAAAUUUU